AAAAUGUUUAUCUCGGGCCGCGAGUUUGACACCCCUGGUCUAAAUGGUGCAAUAUGCACGCCACCAGAGGUGACGGAUUCUAUCGGUCCCGAUGCACCGCAACAGUGGAACACCACGUUAUUUGUCGUGAUUUGAACAGGCAAUAACAUGCAAUAACUAAAAAUAAGUUUCACAGAAGUAAAGUUUGAAUUUAAUAAAUUUCUAAAAAUUUAAGUGCGACAUGAGUAAACGCUCAAUUUCGUAAACAUAAAGUGAAAAUAUACUGUGUCGACAGAGAUAUCUGUGAUCUGGAGUUAAAAUGGUUUUGAAUGCAAAGAAUUAUGUCCAGAGGAGAAACGGCCAACAAGUCGAAUGCGAAGCGAUUUUUGAUCGAUCACAGCCGACAGGAAGCGACUUUAACACCUACGCCCCCUCACCUAUUAUCACUUAUUAGUACGCAAAGGCACAAAAUUCAAUGUGUUGAAUGUUAAGAUUUUAGUAGAUAUAUAUCGCAACACAUGUUUGGUAAAAGAAAUCGAGCCUAUUAUGCAUACAGAAGUUGUACACAAUAUCAAUAGAAGAUUGAAGUUUAUAAAAGUUAUUAUAAAGUUGAGGUUUACCCUCUGAAAUAUAUCAAUAAUAGAGUAACUAAUAAUAGAAUUUGCAAUAGAAUUACAUCAUAACAUUAUCCUUCAUCUUUAUCUCGUAUCAUUGAGGAGAAACCGAAGCGAAGAAGACACAAAAUACAUAUAUCGAAAAUGUAGAAGUCUUUCUUCAUGUAUGUACAAUCAGAGAUCUCCUCACGUGCCGAAUUCGCCCGCAUUGUUGACUGUUUCUAAGGAAACAAAGCCGCCGGCGAAGGUGUCGAUAACCACACGUCCGACCCGCAAACGAAAUACACGAAAGAAGCUCUCGCAUUUCGAACUAGUCUUGUGAAUGAUCUACACCGAAAAUAUUCCACACCGAAAAUUAUUAGUAACAAUAGCACAGUGAAUAAGUGUAUAUAGUGCAAGUAUCAGUGGAAAAUUAAUUGAAUUAGAAAAAUUAAUUGAAACGCGCUCUAUACGCGCUACACAACCAGCACGAAGGGGAGAUAUAGUUUGCAGCGAGCGGACCGCUCACUCCAGACACGUUCCGAUAAAGGAAGAGGACGAUACUCUGAUCAGGAAAAAAAAGAAGCAUUAUUUUAUUAACGAAAAAUAAAAUUUCGAAACAAUCGAAAAAUGACGGAAAUAAUCGUAACUGAAUCGAUCGAUACAACGGAGGCCAUUGACUCCAAGAUCAUGAACAUCUUAAAUCCAUCGCUGCAUCAUCACGAUCUACUGCAAAGCUAUGUAAGAGCUCCCGCAGACGCAACGACGAGUUCGAGGCAAUCGGAGGAGUCCGAUGCACCGAAUAAAAAUCCUUCGUUCUUGGGCACUUGCCUCGCCGUGGACUCAUCCGAGGACGUUGACAAAGAAAGCUGUAUCAGCAACGAUAGAAGGAAGAAGAGAAACGACAAGAAACAACAGAAGUACAAGACGGAUAAAUCGUCGAUCGAAUCGGAGAUGAACAUGCAGAAGAAGAAGAAAUGACGCCGGCAGGAUAACGGUGUUCACCGUCAGGAGGAGGUAU